GCUUGACUGAGGAAGAGUCCACUCACGAUGAGUUCGGCUCCUCAGUCGUCUACGUGCCCUGCAUGACCAGCAUCUCUGCACAAACUGCGGCGCAAUUAAGCGAGGCCCCCGUGCGGCUGAAGCUGCUGAUCACGGAGGGCAGCUUUGUUGCAGAUGCCGAGGCCCGCGAGGUUCUGAAGCAGAGAGUCCGCGCGCUGCGCCCGGCAAAGACGGUGCUGGUCGGGGCCCAGAGCUCCGCACAGAUGGACCAGGUUUACAAGGAGCUCCAAGAGGAGGGCUUGGAUGUCAGCUGCGCAUACACGGGACUGCUUGCCGCAGCAGCCGAUCCCGCGCGCAAUGCUCAUACCUUGUCGGAUGUUGGAAACUUGCCGAAGUUGGCCUCUGGGAAGAAGGCCAUCUACUUGCCGCACGUUGCGGGUGUCGACGUUGGUGGCAUUUUGCGGCUCACGGAGGCAGUACCGGGCCUCGAGCUCUUGAUCGCCAAGCCAGGCUCGGAUCCGAAGACCUGGGAGAUCCUGAAGCAGGUCAUUGGCACACUCCGGCCGAGGAAAACUGUGCUCCUGGGCGUCAAGAAGUCGGAUCAGAUGGAUGAGGACUUUCGUGAGCUGGCGGCCCAGGGCUUGGACGUAUGCGUUGCAGAUGGAGGACCCUGCCAGCCAUCUCUUCCUGACAACUUCGGCGAAGACUCAGCUCCAGUGGCGCAAUGGGACGCUGGGAAGGGUGCCUCUGAACGUCGGGCCAGCGUCCUUUCGGCGUUGCGCGACUUUCCAAGACAGCUUUCGACGGACAUGCCGCGACAACUCUCGCUCGAGGACGGGCCCUGGCUGGCGUCGAGUCAAGGGCCCUGGCUGACGUCGAGUCACACCAGCUUGAUGUCUGCAAUCAGGAUGAGCUAUCUCCUGACCCUGAUUGAUGCGGUGAAGUCCGAGAUGGCCCCCUCCACAGGGGUGGGCGCUCAUUGGAAGGCGCUUCUGCUGCUGUCCGUGCCGGUGACAGGCUGCCUGACGGGCUUCGGCGUGCAGCUCGCUCGCUCUCGCAGCAGUUUCUCCCUGUACCUCCCGCUCGCGCUGUCGGCUGCCAUCCUCCUCGCCGGGCUGCUGGCACGGCUCGCGCUGGGGUUUGGGCGCACUGAGUUUCGGAAGCUGGCCUCGCGCAAAUACCUUUGGUGCGUUGGUCCAGCAAUCUUUGUGGCAGUGAGAUAUGGCCUUCAGAACCUAGCGGUCUCGAUGAUGAGCUCCUCCCUCUUCUUCAUCAUCAUGCGAAUGACUUUGAUUUGGGUCGCGCUCUUUGAGGCCCUGAUGCUCCGGCAGCUGCCCGGGAAGUUGCAGACGGUGACCCUGAUGGCCAUUCUCCUGUCGUGUAUCAGCUCCACCGUCCAAGCCCUUGAGGAGGAGGACACCGAGGCAAGCGGCUCGAUGCUGGCAAUUGCGUUGGCUGUUGCCUGUGGCUUCUCAGAUGCCGUGUGCGACACCUGCUACGCCAUGUUGGAGAGGAACUUCGCGCGUGAGCUCCUGGGCCGGGAGAAGAGUGCGGAGCUGUGCCGCAUUAUGGUCAUGCUGCAGGCCUUCAGCCUGCCAUGCUAUGUCCUCAUGCUGGUCUGGUUUGAUUCGGACGAUGCCUUUUCUGGCUUCGACAUGACGACCUUCGCGCUCACCGUGGUGCCAGUGGCGCUGAAGGUACCCUUAUUCCAG